GGAAGUGAUAUUAGUUGGCUAGCUCCCUGGCUACAUUAGCCAUGAGCUCUAUACAAUUUCAGUUCGUUUUCUCAGAAGAAUAAACCACGGCACCGUCAGUUUUUAUGAGUGGAAGACCAUUGACGUGGGUCCUUUGAAAAAGCACGGGGCUUUAAAGAGGAAAGAUGUUCUCCACAGAUGAUGAAGAUGGCGAUUUCUUGUCUCCCACAGGAGGGGCAAAGCUGGCUUCGCUUUUUGGAAUUGAUCAGGCAGCAAAUCAAGGCAAUGAAUCGUUCCAGUACACAGCCCCGAAGCAGCCCAGGAAGGGCUCCAUGAAUUCAGGCCCACCUACGCAGAAGCCACCUCCACCAGGUGCUCCUGCAGUUCUCCUGGCAACAGCAGUUCACGCCUACCGAUAUGUUAAUGGGCAGUACAUGAAGCAGGGCAAAUUGGGAGCCGCUGUGCUGGGAAAUCACGCCACGAAAGAGUACAAGUUGCUGCUCUACGCUAGCCAACAGAAGCCCGUCACCUCAGCCAAGCUCCACACAGGAUUCCUAUUCACCGUUCAGCCUAGCAACUAUUGCACAUUUUACGAUGAUCAGCGGCAGAACUGGUCCGUUAUGUUCGAGACGGACAAAGCAGCACUGGACUUCUGUAAGGAGGUGUGUCUGGCCAAGGCCAACAGUGCAACAGGGCUGGAUACAGUGGUUGUGCAGGACCUGACCCUGGGAGAAGGCCAAGCCGUGGAGAUUGGAGACUCAAUGGAGGUGGCGUACACAGGCUGGCUGCUUCAGAACCACACCACAGGGCAGGUGUUUGACUCAAAUAUGAACAAAGAAAAACUCCUGAGGCUGAAGCUGGGUGCUGGGAAAGUCAUUAAAGGCUGGGAGGAGGGCAUGGGCGGCAUGAAGAAAGGUGGGAAGCGUUUCUUGGUGAUUCCCCCUAACCAGGCGUACGGCUCUCAGGGCGUGGCCAACCGCGUGCCAGCAGAUAGCACGCUCCUCUUUGAAGCAGAAGUCAAAAGGGUGAAGUUUUCGAAAGACAGUGGCUCCAGUGUUGGGUCCCGGGACUCCGCUGCCCCCUCACCGGCCCCCAGUGUAGAGAGUCUCGGCCCUGAGGCCCCUUCACAGCCACCCUCAGCAUCCCCAGCCCCUCCCAAACAAGGUGAUGCUCCCCUACGUGCAAAAUCCAACUCCAUCAGUGAACAGUUAACGAAUCCUGAUGUGACCAAAGCCAAGCUGAUCUCCCGCAUGGCUAAGAUGGGGCAACCCAUGCUGCCCUUCCUAGCCGGUCAGGCUCAGUCACCACACGCAGACUCCAGUGACUCAGAGAUGGAGGACCCCAAUGUGUCUCGAGCCAAGGAGCGGCCCAUGGGCGCCUCUCCUCAGCCUGUGCAGAUCACCACAGCUCCUCCCACCUCAGUGCACGUGACAUCGCAUCCUCACAUGAACCCCACUGCAGCGCUGAUGCCUGUCACUAUGGCAACAGCAGCCCCACAGCCCAUGAUGCCCGGUUCCCUACAUGCAUUUCAGCCAUACGCUUACACACAGUCUGUGGCUCCUUCUCACUUGCAGCCUGGCAGUGAGAUAUACGCGGGUCAGGCGGUACCAUACCAAGGACCCAGGGAUGUCACAUCAUUCCUGAUGACGGAAGCCAGGCAGCACAACACAGAGAUCCGACUGGCAGUGGGCAAAGUUGCAGACAAAGUUGACCAGCUCACAGCUAAGAUGGACGACAUGCAGAGGCAGAGUGGACCCUCGCUCGGCUUCUCCAAUUUUUCCAUGGAAACAACGAUGAUCAUGCACAACAUUCAGAGAAUAAUACAGGAAAAUGAGUGCUUGAAGAAAGAGGUCUUUGAGAAGAGCGCUCGCAUUGAAGAGCAAAACCGCAAGAUCGGAGAGCUCAUCAACCAGAACCAAAGGUACAUGGAGCAGAGUAACCUGCUGAUGGAGCAAAGGAACGACUCCCUAAAGAGCUCCAGCGAGCACAACCAGGCGCGCCUCCUGCAAGCAGAGCAAGAUAAGGCUCGCUUGACGGAGGAGUUGGCGUCGUCGACGGCACGCGUGUCGGAGCUGCAGCUGGAGGUGAGCUCCCAGCAGCAGAGGAGCAGCGGCCUGCAGGCCAAGCUCAACACAGCCCUGCAGGAGAGGGACCAGCACGCCAGCCUCAUCACCACCCUGCAGAGACAACUGGAAGAGGUGAAGGAGAGUGGGGAGCGUGCCCAGACGCAGUACAAAGCUGAGAAGCAGAAACGCAAAGAGGUGGAGCUGAAGCUGAGCAGCAUAGAGGAGGAAGUGCAGGACCUCACCACCGAGAAGGACAGCCUGGAGAGGACUCUGGCGGACAGGAAGAGGAAGUGGCAGAGUGAGCGUGAGCGUUGCGAUGAGGACCUGGAGGAGCUGCGCAGGAGCAGCCAGCAGGAGCUGGACAACCUCAGGAGCCAGCUGCGCAAGGCCAAGACCAGCACCGCCGCACAGGAACAGCUGAGUCAGCUUCAGGCAGAGCUGGAGCAGGAGUGGCAGGCCAAGUGUGACCAGUCUCUGGCCGCUGCCAAGGAGCAGCAGGGGCGAGCGCUGGCGGAGCUCACCGAGCAGAGGGACGGCCUGGAACUCAAGCUCACUCAGCUGCAGGAGAAGUUCACGGCGUUGAAGCAGUCUCGGGAGUCAGAGGAGCAGCAGCUACUGCAGCAGCAAGAGCAGAGCGAGGAGCUGCAGGCCCUCAAAGAAAAGCACGCUGCUCUGGAGGGCCGGGCGGUGGCCAUGCGCCAGCAGUAUGAGACGCGCGUGGCAGAGCUGGAGAGGCGUUUAGAAGAGCCACAACAGCAGGGGAGCCCAGAGCAGGCAGACACGGCCAUGGAGGUGAAGCGUGUGAUGAACGGAGUGUUCCACUCGCUGAGGGGCGAGUUUGGCAUGAACGAGUCGUACACAGGCAGUGCCAUCAUAGGUGUUCUGGUCAACACCAUAAAGAAUGUCACUCUACAGCUGCUUGCAAAGAAUGAGAGGACGACCUCCGAGCAGAGUAGUCAACAGGAGGAGGAAGAAGAUGGUGAUGAAGAAGAGGAUGAUGAUGAGGAAGAGGAAGAAGAGGCUGAGAAGGUGGAGAAGGUGGCGCCCAGCACUCAGGUGAAUGGGAAAAGGGAGGAGCUAGAUGAUGAAGAGAAAGAGAUUGAUGAGAAGGAGGUAGAGAGGAGGACUUUGCAGGAGGUGGAAGAGACGAGUACACUUACUUUGCAGGAAGUGAAGGACGACGGUGGUGCACCAGCAGAACGCGGGGAGGACAAGCAUGCGCCAGCAGAAAGCAAAGAAGAUCACCAUAUGUCUGCAGAAAGCCAAGAAGACAAGGGCACACCUGCAGAAACUUUGAACGACAAAAGUAAAGAAAGCAAUGAGGAUGAGGGCAAGGAGAAAGUUCCGGAAGAAAACGGAGAUGGUUUGGUGUCGGAUGAGCAGACAGCAGAACGGCCAGACGACAAGGUGGAAGAGGAAGUCCAUGCCGACAGCAAAGAAUCCUCCAUUGAUGCACACACAGAACCGCCGACCAAUUUAGUUCCGGCAACGGACACAACGGACAAAAUAGUGGGCGGCCAUGCAGAUCACCAGAAUGCAACAGAGACUGCAGCAGAGGAGCCAAGCAAGGAGCAGAAAGCACAGGAGCUCUUGGUUUCUGAAGAAGACGGGCUAAAUCCUCCACCACACACGCCACCUUCCAAGGACUCUGGUAAACACCAGCACCAGGGGAAGAUCACUAGUCCUCUUGGAGAUGCCAUCAUCACCAACCCACCACACACGCCGCCUUCCAAGGACUCUGGUACACACCAGCACCACGAGAAGAUCACUAGUCCCCUCGGAGAUGCUAUUAUCACCAACAUCAGGUCUGGACCACCUACCCAACCCCCACCACCGCCCCCAACAAAUGUCUCGCAUGUGCAUGCCAACUCCAAGAGCCCCAAUAGCAUCAGUCUGACUGGGGGAGUAGAGGAGGAAAAUGGAGGGGAGCCAUUUUUCAAGACGCCCCCUGCUCUCAAACCUCCCCCAACCCCGACAGAGGACGAGGAUGAAGAGUUGAGCCUGAAAGGAAGACCGCCCCCUGCCCCCCUGUUUGGUGAAGAUGAUGACGAAGAUGACCUGGACUGGUUGAGCUGAGCAUUGACCAAACCCAAAUGCCUGUGUGGAUAUCCAGAUGAUCCAGUGGUGUAGCAUCCGUGGCCUUCGCAUAUAACACAAGAACUCUGGCUGAUCGAAAAAAAGAAAUGACUGCGACGAGUUUGGACUGCACUGCAACAGUAAUGGAACGUUAUGCAAAAACGGUUGCUGCUGACUGACUGUCUCUAUGGGUGUUCAACCCUAGCACCAGCCGUGAGAGACUGCCUGUAAUUCACAGCUCCACCGAUUGGAGGGAAAUCAAAUCUAACAUGGCUGGCAAAGGUCAUGACCUUUUGAACUUAAGCCACAAGGGGACAGACAGGGCUGAGCUGAGCUUGGCUGGUUAAAAUAAUAAUAAUAAUCAUGUUUUGCUGAGGAUAAUAUCCUAAUUCUCAAGAAUGGUAUACUGACUACAAUUCUUCUACACAAGCACUUCAUAAAAUGACUUUCUAAUUAAAAGAAAUGAUCAUGGUUACUGUAUUACGGUCACACUAUUUGUUGUGACUAACCACGAAGCCUUUUGAUAUUACCAGAUUACAGACUGAAUGACGUGAUGCGAUCAAAUCUUUUCAAGGAUUGUAAAUGAAAUGAAAACCUUAAGCGUGAAGCCUAGAUGGCUUAGCUAACAGCUGGCCUUGCUUUUAUAUUAUAAAGCCAAGGUGUUAAUUGCGUGUUUGGAUUCAAGCAUCUCUUUUUGUAAAGAGGACUCUUAAAGAUUCAGAUACUUUCAGUGUUUGUGCUGUCUGUCUUGUUAGUUGGAAACUGUAGGAUUUAACUUCAGGUUUCUUUCUUUUUGUUUUUGCUAACGCUAAUUCAUCUUUAUUAAUAAAUUCAAAACUACCUUUCAGAAGUC